AUGGAGACAACAAGAGCAGUGGUGUUUACCAAUAUUAUUAUUGCCGUGUCUUCACUUUUUAUAGUGGUGUUGUUUUUAGUUGGAUCUGUUUCAGGAGGUGGUAGCCUCUUCUUCAAUUUCUAUGGAAAUUCAUGUCCAGCUGUAGAGUUUGUUGUGAGGAAUGCAGUCACCUCUUCCUCUUCUUCUGAUCCUUCAAUUCCUGGAAAGCUUCUUCGCUUGCUUUUCCAUGAUUGUUUUGUAGAGGGAUGUGAUGCAUCUUUGAUGCUAAGAGGGAAUAAUACAGAGCUUAGUGAUCCUGCAAAUAGAUCCAUUGGAGGACUUUCAGUUAUAGAUUUGGCAAAAAGGGACCUUGAAAUGUUGUGUCCUGAAACAGUUUCUUGUGCUGACAUAAUUGCUCUGGCUGCUAGAGAUGCUGUUGCAAUUACAGGUGGACCUAUGAUUCCAAUUCCCACAGGUAGAAGAGAUGGAGUGGUUUCAGUUGUUUCCAAUGUCAGACCCAAUAUUGUGGACACAAGUUUCACUAUGGAUCAGAUGAUUAAUCUCUUCUCCACUAAAGGAUUGUCCUUAAUUGAUCUACUUGUUCUUUCAGGAGCUCACACCAUUGGAGCAGCUCAUUGCAGCUCCAUUCGAAGUCGGUUUCAAGAAACCUCCAAUGGAAAAUUUACCCUGAUUGACAAAACCCUUGACAGUAACUAUGCCAAUGAUCUUAUUCAACAGUGUCCAACAGGUGUAAGCCCUUCAGUGACAGUGAAUAAUGAUCCUGAAACAUCAUUGGUCUUUGACAACCAAUACUACAGGAACCUUAUGAACAACAAAGGGUUGUUCCCAUCUGAUUCUGCAUUGUUGAUUGAUGGCAGAACAAGGAAGCUAGUUGAGGAUUUGGCAAAUGAUCAACAACUUUUCUUUGAGAGUUGGGGCCAGUCAUUUUUGAAGCUCACAAGUAUUGGAGUUAAAACUGGUGAUGAGGGUCAGAUUAGAAGAUUUUGUGGAGCAACUAAUUAAUUAAUGUAUUGCAUGCAAUGCAACUAUGGCACAACUGAAGAAUUUUCUUCAUGUAGAGGUUUUAUUGCUUUCUUAAUUAUUUAUUCUAGUUUGAUGUAUUUGUUUUGAAUCUGUGCAUAAGAUAAUUCUUAUCAAA